GAGAGAGUCACAAAGAGAGAGACACAGACACACAGAGAGAUAGAAAGAGAAAGCAGCACUCAGGUGAUAACGGGCUCUGUGUGUGUGUGUGACGCAGCAUGAGCCAGUGGAAGCAGAUUCAGCAGUUGGAGAUCAGACUCCUGGAACAUGUGGACUAUCUGUAUGAUGAUAAUUUCCCCAUGGACAUCAGACAGGGACUGGCCAGCUGGCUCGAGGCUCAGGACUGGGACACAGCAGCCAACGACGAGUCAAUGGCGGCCACACUCUUCUCCAGCCUUCUGUCCCAGCUGGAGAGGGUGCGCUCGCAGGAGCAGAACUUCCUCCAGAGGCACAACAUGAAGAUCAUACACCAACAGCUGCAGAUGAAAUACGCGUCCAACCCUGCAGUCAUGGCCAGAGUGAUCUCCACCUGCCUGAGGGAGGAGCGUCGCAUCCUCUCCAGCGCGUGCAUGCAGGAACAGGGUCCACUGGAGAAAUCACUGCAGAAUUCUGUGGCCUUGGAGCGGCAGAAGAACAUGGACAACAGAGUCGGGCUCAUCAGAGGCAGCGUGCAGUUGAUGGACCAGGCUGUGAAAUACAUCGAGGACAUGCAGGACGACUUUGAUUUCCGCUACAAGACCCUCCAGUCCCGAGAAUCAUCAGAUAGGAACUCUGAGAUGAUGAAACAGGAAGUGACAAGGCUGCAGGAAAUCCUUAACAGGCUCGACUUCAAAAGAAAGGAGAUCCUGUCCAAGAUGGACAUAGUGGUGAAGGAGAUCGACGACCUGGUCAGUUCUCAGCUCAACCCCGAGCUGCAGGACUGGAAGCGCAGGCAGCAGAUCGCGGCCAUCGGCGGCCCACUGCUCACCGGCCUGGACCAGCUGCAAGGCUGGUUCACUGUGACAGCCCAGAGUCUGUUCCAGAUCAAGCGUCAGCUGGACAAACUGGGCGAGCUGGUCGUCAAGGUCACGUACGAGAGCGACCCGAUCCCGCAGCAGAAACCUCAGCUGGAGGAGCGAGUUAAAUACCUCAUCUAUCACCUCAUCAAAAGCUCAUUUGUGGUGGAGAAGCAGCCAUGUAUGCCCACACAUCCACAGAAACCACUCAUCAUCAAGACUGGAGUGCAGUUCACCACCAAAGUCAGACUCCUGGUUAAACUCCCAGAAGUGGAUUAUCAGCUGAAAGUGAAAACAACAUUUGACAAGGACCUCCCCCCGGGCAGAGUAAGUCGUCAGUUUUUCAUCUUGACAAACAACACAAAAGUUAUGGAUAUUGAGGACUACUCCAACGGCUGCCUCUCGGUGGAGUUUCGACACCUGCAGUUGAAAGAGAAGAAAUAUAUCAAUGGCACAAAGGGAACUGAGGGUCUGCUCUCCGUCACUGAAGAACUCCACUCUCUCAGUUUUGAGGCUUGUUUCACGGUGCAGGGCCUCACCAUCGAUCUGGAGACAUGUUCUCUGCCACUGGUGGUCAUUUCCAAUGUGAGCCAGCUGCCAGGAGGCUGGGCCUCCGUGAUGUGGUAUAACCUUCUGACGGACGAGCCAAAGAACUUGGCGUUCUUUGGAAACCCACCUCGGGCCAGCUGGAGCCAGCUCUCUGAGGUUCUUAGCUGGCAGUUCUCCACCUUUGCGGGUCGGGGCCUCAACAAGGAGCAGCUAAGCAUGCUGGGAGAGAAGCUUUUUGGUCAGCAUGCCUCCUGCACUGACUUCCAAGUGUCCUGGUCAAAGUUCUCCAAGGAGAACAUUCCAGGGAAGCCCUUCAGUUUCUGGAUGUGGCUGGACUCCAUCCUCGAGCUCAUCAAGAAACACUUGCUACCGGUUUGGAACGAGGACUACAUCAUGGGUUUUGUGAGUAAGGAGAUGGAGCGCACUCUGCUGAAGGACAGAGAUUCAGGCACGUUCCUCCUUCGCUUCAGUGAGAGUCACCUUGGCGGAAUAACUUUUACCUGGGUGGAGCGUGGCGACAAUGGGGAUGUGAAGUUCAACUCUGUGGAGCCAUACACUAAAAACCGGCUGAGUGCGCUCCCAUUUGCUGACAUCAUACGUGACUAUAAAGUGAUCUCGGACGGCGUUGUCCCAGAGAACCCGCUCAAGUUCCUCUACCCUGACAUCCCCAAAGAUGAGGCCUUUGGUCGCCUCUACAACAGUCAGCCAAGCAAGGUCCAUCCGUACAUACCAUCUACCCUGAUUCCCAUCUCAGAAUUACGCUCUAAUUCAGUCACCACACCAACGUCUUGCCAGUCUCCGGAGCCCCCAAUGACUCCUGGGGAGUUUGACAUGCUCAGCGAGCAGCUGUGUUUUGACAUUGACACAAUGAGUUCUCCAUAUUCAGAGUAAAACGAGACGACGCGGUGCAUUUUUGCUCAAAGGUUCCUCCGAUCAAAGACGCCAGUCAACAAUUACAUUUUUGAUUACAAUGAGUUUCAGAAGUGGUAUCAGUGAAUUCAUUAUUGAUCCAUUGUUUGCUGUAGUUUGUUUCUGGUGUUGUUUUUCUUACAUAUCACAAUAAUAUUUGGAUUUGGAAUAUUUUUUUUAUUAUAUUUUCUUACAGCCUCUGUUGUAUAUAAAACCAUUUAAAUGUGACAAAUGUGUAUCAUAAACUUGCUAUUUUAGUUCCAAA